AUCCAUUUCUCGUGGUUUAAAAUGGCGGCGUUGAGCAGCGCCGAGUCCCCACCGCCCGUCUUCAACGGAGACACCAUGAACCGCGAUCCGGAGCGGGACCCGGGACUGGACGAGCUGGGCGCGGGGCUCGAACCCGCCAGUCCCGGAGGAGCGGCGAUACCCGAAUGUCAACAGGACAUUCCCGAGGAGAUAUGGAACAUCAAACAGAUGAUUAAGUUAACCCAAGAGCACCUAGAAGCCCUUUUAGAUAAGUUUGGAGGAGAACACAAUCCGCCAUCUAUAUACCUGGAGGCCUAUGAAGAGUACACUAGUAAGCUGGAUGCAUUACAGCAGCGGGAACAGCAGCUUUUGGAGGCCAUUGGGAAUGGAACAGAGUUCUGCUCCUCACCCACACUGCUGGAUGUGAAGGGACCGGCCAUCCAGAGCGCCCCUGCCGCCCCAAACACAUUGGCUGUCCUGCAGACCCCCACAGACGCGACACGAGGAAAUCCACGUUCACCCCAGAAACCCAUCGUAAGGGUUUUCCUGCCCAACAAGCAGAGGACAGUGGUUCCAGCUCGCUGUGGGAUGACUGUGAGAGACUCCUUAAAGAAGGCUCUGAUGAUGCGAGUGAUCCCAGAAUGCUGUGCUGUUUACAGGGUUCAGGAUGGGGAGAAGAAGCCCAUUGGCUGGGACACAGACAUUUCCUGGUUGACGGGGGAGGAGCUUCAUGUUGAGGUUUUGGAGAAUGUGCCACUGACGACCCAUAAUUUUGUGCGAAAGACCUUCUUCACGCUGGCCUUCUGUGACUUUUGCCGGAAGCUGCUGUUUCAGGGCUUCCGCUGCCAGACGUGUGGCUACAAGUUCCACCAGCGCUGCAGCACAGAGGUCCCGCUCAUGUGUGUCAACUACGAUCAGCUGGAUUUAUUGCUGGCAUCAAAAUUUCUGGUGCACCACCCCAUUACCCAGGAGGAGGCGUCAUCAGAGGGCACGACACCCGUGUCAGAGAUGUGUCCCUCCCUCCCUCCAUCCGAGUCCACUGGGUCUCUGUGCCAUCCUACUGUGUCCCCGUCCAAAUCCAUCCCUAUCCCACAGUCCUUUAGACCUGGAGAGGAGGACCACCGCAACCAGUUUGGCCAGAGGGAUCGCUCCUCUUCAGCCCCUAACGUCCAUAUCAACACCAUCGAGCCGGUCAACAUUGAUGAUUUGAUCCGUGAUCAAGGUUUGCCGAGGUCAGAUGGGGCCCCCUCGCAACACCCAGCCCGCUGCUUGAGGAAGAACCGAACACGGACCUCAAGCCCCCUUCUGUCCUCCCAUCCCAAUGACAUUGUCUUUGAUUUUGAGCCUGAGCCAGUGUUCAGAGGCUCCACAACAGGCCUGUCGGCCACACCUCCUGCCUCCCUGCCUGGUUCCCUGCCCAAUGUGAAGGUGUCCAAAUCACCCUGCCAACCGAGAGAGCGGAAGCCAUCGUCUUCGUCUGAAGACCGCAAUAAAAUGAAAACCCUGGGUCGACGGGACUCGAGCGACGAUUGGGAGAUCCCAGAAGGUCAGAUCACCCUGGGACAGCGGAUAGGAUCUGGCUCUUUUGGAACAGUCUACAAGGGGAAGUGGCACGGUGAUGUGGCCGUAAAGAUGUUGAAUGUCACAGCUCCCACUCCACAGCAGCUACAGGCCUUUAAGAAUGAAGUGGGUGUCCUCAGGAAAACCCGCCAUGUGAACAUCCUGCUCUUCAUGGGCUACACAACCAAACCCCAGCUGGCUAUUGUUACACAGUGGUGUGAAGGCUCGAGUCUCUACCACCACCUGCACAUCAUCGAGACCAAGUUUGAGAUGAUCAAGCUGAUUGACAUUGCCCGUCAGACGGCUCAGGGCAUGGACUAUCUGCACGCCAAGUCCAUCAUCCAUAGAGAUCUGAAGAGUAACAAUAUAUUUCUGCAUGAGGACCUAACAGUAAAGAUUGGUGAUUUCGGUCUGGCUACAGUGAAAUCCCGCUGGAGUGGCUCUCAUCAGUUUGAGCAGCUUUCUGGCUCGAUCUUGUGGAUGGCUCCAGAGGUAAUCAGACUGCAGGAUAAAAACCCAUAUAGUUUCCAGUCGGAUGUCUACGCGUUUGGCAUUGUGCUCUAUGAGCUCAUGUCAGGGGCUCUGCCUUACUCUAACAUCAACAACAGAGACCAGAUUAUCUUCAUGGUUGGCCGGGGUUACCUGUCUCCUGACCUGAGCAAAGUGCGCAGUAAUUGCCCCAAGGCCAUGAAGAGACUUAUGGCAGAUUGUCUGAAGAAAAAGCGAGAGGAGAGACCUCUUUUCCCUCAGAUCCUGGCCUCUAUUGAGUUAUUGGCACGCUCUUUGCCCAAGAUCCACCGCAGCGCUUCUGAACCGUCCCUUAACCGCGCUGGAUUCCAGACAGAGGACUUCAGCCUGUACGCCUGCGCUUCCCCCAAGACGCCCAUUCAGGCUGGUGGCUAUGGUGAAUUCUCAGCAUUUAAAUAGUGCUGCAAAUCCUAAAACUCCAUCCCUUGUCAGUUUUUACGACGUCUUGUGUUCCUACGGUGGGUUCAUCCAUAACACAGAAAAGGACUAGUUUUCAAAGAAUGUGCUGUUUUUCUUCCUCUUUACCCGAAGAGCUACGGCCUCAAUGGAAUUGCUUUAAAAUAAAAUGAUCUCUGCAGGGUGUCAUUGCUGAUUUUACAAAAAUGUCAUAAACAUCACAUAGGACAACUCAAUAAUGCAGCGUACAACAAAAACGACUGAUGUGAGAAACCAACAGCUGCUCACUGGAAAGAAAAAGGCAAACAAACCCAAAAAGAUUGUGGCAGGGGAUGAAAACCUUUCCCCAAGAAGGAAGAUAAAUGGGUUUGGGAUGAAUGAUAUUGGGAGCACAAGCCCUGCCUUUGCUCCGCCCCUGGAGGGGAACAACACACAGCACUGGCCAAUCAGAAAACAGGGCCCAGUGGCAUGGAAUGAUGGGAAAAUUGGCAUAAGAGAGAGGACGUCAAGUCGCAGUCAUGGAAAGGUGCUGAAUGUCAGGAGAUAACUUGAAUGAUAUUUAGAAAUGUUUUUUCUCUUGCAAUGAGUUUGUUACGAGAUGUCGCCCUUGGCUGGAGUUACUAAUAAUACAGAUCUCUUUGGUCUUUAGCAUUUUUUUCCCCUCAAGGGUCAUAUGUUGUAGAUAAAAACAGACCCUUUUUUCAGUUACAGAUAUAGUUUGUGAACCGUGGUAAAUGAAGCAACCAUCAAAAGACCUCUUUUUUUUUUUUUUUUUUUUUUUUUUUAAUAUAUACAUGUAUAUUCUAGAAUAUUCUGUAGGUUCUUUUGUUUUUAGUUCCUUGUCAAGGCAAACUCUAGUAUUUUUUUUUAAAUUUUAUUUAUUUUGCAUUUCACAUGUCCCACGCAAAGACGCCUGGGGAAAUGUUUUUAGCCUCUCUUGGAUCGGCACAAAUAGUAUCAGACAUGUCCAAGGUGGGCAAAAUCAAAGCGGUUUCCGCGCUUCUAGAGAAUGUGAUUUUAGUUUGAUUUAGUUUCGCCUCCUUAUAGUAGCUGAUGUCAUGUUUCUGAACAAGUCAGAGGUUAUAUUAUUUAAAGUUUCUUGUAGAAAAACCCACUGUAUAAAGCAAACACGAAGCCUUGCUAUGGAGUAACAAUGUGGGCGUAUUUCAGAUGUAUUUCUGUACUUUUCACUACAAUUUUAAGCUUAACUGUUGUUAUUAGAAGCCAUUCCUUUGAGGCCAUAACAGUUAAUAGGUUUUUUUUUAGAUUCGAUCCAUCCGAGUCAUGUGACAACUCUUUGGACCUUGCACCGCUGGAUUCAUUCCGAUAUAUUUGUUCACGGGUCAUAGCUUUUUUUUAAGUUUAAGUUUCAUAUAGUUUUUCUUGUGUUAUAGACAGGCAGGCCUGCAAAGUUACAUUAAUUUAUAUUGCUUUAAUUGUAUUACUUUUUGUUCGGUGUUGUUUGAACUCUCAGAGAGGUGUGUGUGUGUGUAUGUAUAUGUGUGUGUAUAUAUAUAUAUAUAUAUAUAUAUAUAUAUAUAUAUAUAUAUAUAUAUAUAUAUAUAUAUACAUGCAUGCAUACAUACAUAUUUUCUCUCACUCAUUCUGUGAUUUGCUGAAAUGGACAUUACGCAGUGUGUCUGUGCACUUUGUAUAAAUGACUGAUGCAGAUAAGCAAUUUUGCCUUUUUAAAGACUUAAUAUAUUUUGUCAUAUGAAGAGGUUAAAGCAUGGUUACCGGAUUGCAAAAUGAAUGAAAAUUGAUUUCAAAAACAGGCAGGGCCAUGGGACACUAAAAACCAAAGCUUAAUCCAACCUCCUAAUGCCAUCUGUGUCCACCUUCGCCAUUGCCGGAGAACGGUUAUCUGGAUCUUCGACCAAAUUGAUUCGCCCUAUGACUCGAACAGGCGACAAAGCGAUUCUUCGUUUCAAGUUGGUCCAAAGACUUCUGCGUCAACCCUCUAGCAUAGCUUUGGGCUGUAGUGACACUAGCACUGUGUAGCCCUGAAGUUCACCUAGACACUGUGGAUGGUGGAAAUACCCUCGUAGGGAUGCUUUUCGUUAUUUUAGCCUCUUCAUAGUGAAAUAAGUGGCUCCGCCUCCUUUUUUUCUCGUAGGAAAUGACAUUUUUGCUUUCGGCUCCACAAAAUGCUUGAUGUUGCACAGAUAACCAAGACUCUGCGCUUGGUUCGCCUCUCGUGCUCUGUUACAAAAGCGAGGACACACGCCCCAUCUUCUUGCUUCUGUUGAGAUGGAUUGAAUUAUUUAUUUUGGUUCUUUUUCGAUUAUUUUUAUAAGGACGAUGCUCUGUGAAUUGGUUCCGCCACUUAAACUUGCCAUUAAGGAGAGAGGAGCUCCACGGAUCCUUUGGGUCGUGACGGUGGUCACAGUUUUCACAUGUAUAGUUUUUGACGAGACGUUUGAAUGAACUUGUUACCAGAUUAAGCUGGCAAACCUAAUGUGGGUUGCAUAUGGAGAUGGUAGAGGUGUAUUUUAAGAAUGCUGUAUUUAUUUUCUAUGGGAAUGUUACUGAAGAGGUCUGACUUAUGAAGGAUUGAUCCUUCUUGACUGGAAUACUUGGGGAUCUGCUUAAUUACAACUUGGAGAUAAACACACACACAUAUAGAUUCUCUAUAACAAUUUUUCUUUCACUCCCCAAACCCCCAUUUUAUUUGCUUUUUAAAGCCUUCACCAAAAACGUCCGUAUCACAUUCCUUUCUGUUGCCUUGCCUGCACUUUAACCUCCCCCCACCCCAGUGCAAGUUAAUUCAAGUGAGAACUAUCAUACAAAUGUUUGGGAGACUCUUUUCAUCUGUAAAUAGCUGUACAAAGGAAGUACUGUCCGUUUGCUAGGAGGCAUGGAGAUAAAAACAAUGAAAUGACUUCAAAUGUUUCAACUUAAGAAAUAAAGGUUAAGAAAAGACAUUUUGAUAGAUGAAAUUCUGAGAAAAUAUUUCUGUGUAAAAAUAUUUAAGACUGUAUUAUAUAAAAGGAAAAGAGCUUAAUGUAUUUGUUGUGAAUAUGAAAAACUGAUAUAUUAAAGAAGUGCAUGAAAACUG